AUGGCUUCUUUAGAGGCGGCUUGGCUAGAGCGCACUUGGGUUGAUCUCAAGCAAAACCCAAAACUUUACGGACUUAAUAAGUUCUUGUCCAUAGUCGUAGCUGCCUUUUUAGCUAUUGUGACUAUUUACAUAAGAUCGACCUAGGUUAAGUCUGAUUAGAGACCAUGUGCAACUGAAGACUACAAAUUCCUAUUUUGGAUGCUCUUUGUUUUUUACUCAUUCUAAGCGCUUUGUGAAAUGUAUGAAGCCUUUUUAGCAUAUAAUCAAAGCGAGGAGAGAGGAGUAAUUGGACUUUUAUUUGAGCUAAAUUAUUUUGCUGGUAUCUAUAUCACACUUAGAGUAGUCAAAGCCGUGUUCAGAAGCCCAUAGUGUAAGGAAACUGCACCAUUAAUGUACGAUUGGUUACUUUAUUAAACAAUAUUCUGCAUUGUUUGCUGUAUUGCCACAUUAAUGAUCUGUGCAUGCUAAUGGAGACUAUAGAGAAGAGUAACAAGAAGAAGAAAGACUUUAAGGUUUUGA